AUCGGGAGGGCGGACGUUGGGGGCGGGGCUUCGGGGAGGCGGGACGGGAGCGCGCGGUGCCGGUGAGUCGCCGUCUAGCGCCGCGAAGUGGCCAGCUUAGGGGUCUGAGUCUGUGCCAGGACGACACUGCCCCCCAGGGCCGCCGGCGCCCCCCAACCAGACUGCUUCCAACCCGACGUCCGUCAUCUCGACCGCUGCUUAACUCUACGCCUCCCAACCUCGACGCUCCCCCCCAACCCCGACGCCCCUCAGCUCGACGCCCCUAAACCGGAUGCCCCCAACCCGGGUGUUCCUCAACCCGACACCCCUAAACCGAGUGCCCCCUACACCAGACGCCCCCCCUAACCUGAGAGCCUUCAACCGGACGGCCCCUUAACCCCUACCCUCCAACCCUACGCCCUCCCUUAACCACGCCCUCCCUAAGCUCCAUGCCUUCAGCCCUGCUGCCCCCGGCUCCCCCAGUUCUCCUGGACUUGACCACCUUUCCUCUGGCCCCACGCUGUGGAGCAAGCGGAGCAGCUGAAGGCGCUUCCGUCGUGUGGCAGAGAGGUCAGGUGCGCAGAGCUGCUCCUCAAGUCACCACAGCCGGGACCAGCACAGCCACGUCCAGGGCUCCACCACACUGGGUGGGAAACCCUGUGCCCAGCCCACGAGGCAGGGUCUGGCGCACGGCCUGCAGCGGCCACACGCCCUACCCCUACCCAGCUUCAGCCUCCUCGCCGCGGUCCUGGAACUCCCGGCUGCACUAGGCCUUUGCCCAGAUGCCCACACUUGUCUUUGACUGACUGGGAGAGGAGCCCGGGGCUUGGCUGCAGUUCCCGGUUCCUUGGGCAGCCACACAAGGGCUGUUUACAGAGAGCCAUGGAGCAAGAGGAGGACACUGGCCCAGAGGUGGGCUUCUAUCUGGCCACCCUAUGGUCCUGGGGUCUGGAGCUGAUGGAGCAGCAUUCCCAGUCCACCAUGCUCCUGGGGAUUGUGGUUGGAGCCCUCCUGGCCCUGGCCAUCAUCGGCACCACCAUCUUUUUUGUGUACAGAAGGGUUAGCCAACUCCGACAGGUGCAGCCCAGUCCUCAGUACAGGUUCCGGAAGAGAGACAAGGUGAUGUUCUACGGCAGGAAGAUCAUGAGGAAGGUGACCACGCUUCCCCACACACUUGUGGGGAACACAGCUGCCCCCCGACAGCGGGUGAGGAAGAGGACCAAGGUGCUGUCUUUGGCCAAGAGGAUCCUGCGGUUCAAGAAGGAAUACCCUACCUUGCAGCCAAAGGAGCCCCCGCCCUCCCUGCUGGAGGCUGACCUCACAGAGUUUGAUGUGAAGAAUUCUCACCUGCCGUCAGAAGUUCUGUACAUGCUGAAAAACGUCCGGGUCCUGGGUCACUUUGAGAAGCCGCUAUUCCUGGAACUUUGCAAACACAUGGUCUUUGUGCAGCUUCUGGAAGGGGAGUACAUCUUCCGGCCGGGGGAGCUGGACAACAGCAUCUAUGUGGUGCAGGACGGGCGGCUGGAGGUCCGCGUCCAGGACUCGGCGCAGGACGGCACUGAGGUGACGGUCAAAGAGGUUCUGGCUGGAGACAGCGUCCACAGCCUCCUCAGUAUUCUGGACGUCAUCACCGGCCACGCCGCACCGUACAAAACUGUGUCCGCCCGUGCUGCUGUCCCCUCCACCAUCCUCCGGCUCCCGGCUACAGCUUUUCAAGGAGUGUUUGAGAGAUACCCUGAAACGCUGGUGAGGGUGGUGCAGAUCAUCAUGGUGCGGCUGCAGAGGGUCACCUUUCUGGCUCUGCACAACUACCUGGGCCUGACCACGGAGCUCUUCAACCCCGAGAGCCAGGCCAUCCCGCUCGUGUCUGUGGCCAGCGUGACUGCCGGGAAGGCCAAGAAGCCGACGUGCUGCAGUCUGGAGGAGAGGCCACCUCGGCCCCAGGAGCCCUGCGGCCCAGAUCGUGGGGGCAGCCGCGCCACAGUCUGUGGGCCUCUGCCCAAGAGGAGCCACUCCGUCCUGCUGCCUUCUGUCCAUGAAGAGGUGGUGGCCGAGCUCAGCCAGGCCCAGGCUGGCAUCCAGGCCUCUUCGGCUCCUGCAGGGGCCACAGCAGGUGCCACCUCAGAUUUGAGGGUGGUGUGUGACCGAGCCCGGGUCCUGCCACACACAGAAGAGCACCCCGGGGGUGCUGUGGCCAGCAAGCCCAAGAAGAGUGUGGUUGUUCCAGAGACCCCAUCGGCUGUCCUCCCCAACUCGGACGGUAGCUUGGACAAGUCGGUCACCAGCAAGAAGACAGACUCCAUCCUCAGAGCCGCCACACAGGACCUGCUCACCCUGAUGAAGCUGGAUGACCCUUCACUGUUAGAUGGCCGGGUGGCGCUUCUCCACGUCCCAGGGGGCACGGUGGUGUUGAGGCAGGGAGACCAGGACACGAGCAUCCUCUUCGUGGUCUCGGGGCUGCUGCAUGUGUACCAGCGGAAGAUUGACAGUGAGGAGGACACGUUCCUGUUCAUGGCACGGCCCGGUGAGAUGGUGGGCCAGCUGGCGGUGCUCACGGGCGAGCCCCUCAUCUUCACCAUCAGGGCCAACCGGGACUGCAGCUUCCUGUCCAUCUCCAAGGCGCACUUCUACGACAUCAUGCGGAGGCAGCCGGCCGUGGUCCUGAGCGUGGCGCACACCGUGGUGAGGCGGGUGUCUUCCUUCGUGCGGCAGAUCGACUUCGCCCUGGACUGGAUGGAGGUGGAGGCUGGCCGCGCCAUAUACAGGCAGGGGGACAAGUCCGACUGCACCUACAUCGUGCUCAGCGGCCGCCUGCGCUCUGUGAUCCAGAAGGACGACGGCAAGAAGCGCCUUGCGGGCGAGUACGGCCGCGGAGACCUCGUGGGCGUGGUGGAGACACUCACCCACCAGGCCAGGGCAACCACAGUGCAUGCUAUUCGGGACUCAGAGCUGGCCAAGCUUCCCGAAGGAGCUCUGAACUCCAUCAAGCGCCAGUACCCGCAGGUUGUGACUCGACUGAUUCGCCUCUUGGGCGAGAAGAUCCUGGGCAGCCUCCAGCAGGGAGCUGCGGCAGCACUUGAAACAUUGGCCACUUCCCUCUGGCCUCCAUUGUGUCUAAUGAGAAAUCCGGACUUCGAAUUGCUGUCAAGUCACCAGUUUGGGUUCCACACUGUGGGCAGCAAGUGGGACUCGGGGACCGCCGCCAGCAACCUCUCCACAGUGGCCGUCAUGCCAGUGUCGGAGGACGUGCCCCUCACCGCCUUCGCCCUGGAGCUCAAGCAUGCCCUCAGCGCUAUCGGCCCUGCCCUGCUGCUGACCAGUGACAGCAUAAAACAGCGCCUUGGCUCUGCUGCUCUGGACAGUAUUCACGAGUACCGGCUGUCCAGCUGGCUGGGGCAGCAGGAGGACAUCCACCGGAUCGUGCUCUACCAGGCGGACAGCACACUCACGCCCUGGACCCAGUGCUGCAUCCGACAGGCGGACUGCAUCCUCAUCGUGGGCCUGGGCGAGCAGGAGCCCACGGUCGGCGAGCUGGAGCGGAUGCUGGAGACUUCGGCCGUGCGUGCCCAGAAGCAGCUGGUGCUGCUGCACCGGCAGGACGGGCCCGCGCCGGCCCGCACCGCGGAGUGGCUCAACAUGCGGGGCUGGUGCUCUGGCCACCUGCACCUCUGCUGCCCUCGCCGCGUCUUCUCCAGGAGGAGCCUGCCCAAGCUGGUGGAGCUGUACGAGCGGGUUUGCCAGAGGCCCCCGGACCGGCACUCGGACUUCUCCCGCCUGGCGAGAGUGCUGACCGGCAAUGCCAUCGCCUUGGUCCUUGGGGGAGGGGGAGCAAGAGGCUGCGCGCAGGUGGGCAUCAUCCGGGCCCUGACGGAGUAUGGCAUCCCCGUGGACAUGGUUGGAGGGACGUCCAUCGGGGCCUUCAUGGGCGCCCUGUACUCGGAGGAACGCAGCUACAGCCAGAUCCGCAUCCGGGCCAAGCAGUGGGCGGAGGACAUGAUGUCGAUGGUGAAGACCAUGCUGGACCUGACCUACCCCAUCACUUCCAUGUUCUCGGGGGCUGGCUUCAACAGCAGCAUCUCUAGCGUCUUCAAGGACAAGCAGAUCGAGGACCUGUGGAUCCCAUACUUCACCAUCACCACGGACAUCUCCGCCUCUGCCAUGCGGGUCCACACGGACGGAUCACUGUGGAGGUACGUGCGUGCCAGCAUGUCCCUGUCGGGCUACAUGCCCCCACUCUGCGACCCCAAAGAUGGGCACCUGCUGAUGGAUGGGGGCUAUAUCAACAACCUCCCAGGGCUCUGCACACCUGUCCCCAUUGGUCACCAGGCCACCUCCUCCCCAGCGGAUGUGGCCAGGUCAAUGGGGGCAAAGGUGGUGAUCGCCAUUGACGUGGGCAGCCGGGAUGAGACAGACCUCACCAACUACGGGGAUGCACUCUCGGGAUGGUGGCUCCUGUGGAAGCGCUGGAAUCCCUUGGCCACGAAGGUCAAGGUGCUGAACAUGGCUGAGAUCCAGACACGCCUGGCCUACGUGUGCUGCGUCCGGCAGCUGGAGAUGGUGAAGAGCAGCGACUACUGCGAGUACCUGCGCCCUCCGAUUGACAGCUAUGGCACCCUGGAGUUCAGCAAGCUUGAUGAGAUCUGCGAGGUGGGGUACCAGCAUGGCCGGACAGUGUUUGACAUCUGGGGUCGCAGCGGUGUGCUGGAGAAGAUGCUGCAGGACCGGCAGGGGACGAGCAAGAUGAAGGCGUGUGACGUCCUCACCUGCCCCAACGCCUCCUUCACGGACCUUGCUGGGAUUGUGUCACGCAUCGAGCCUGCCGAGGUGGCUGCCGGGCACGAUGAAUCUGACUACCAGACUGAGUUUGAGGAGGUGCUGCUGGGAGGCCCCAAGGACGCAUACGUUGACUUCCAAAGCGCCCCAGCCGACCAGGGCUCCGACUUGGAGGAUGAGCCCUCACUUCGGCAUCAACACUGAGGUCUGGCUUCCCCCAAAACACCCGAGGACUCCUCAGCACCCCAGCUCUCUAAGAUGGGUAGAAGUUUCCACCCUGAAGCACCCUGAAGCCAGCACCUCCCGUGGCUCCAUCUCAGAGUGCCUAGCUCCUGCAGCUCUUCCAGCCUGCCAGGGAGACCCACUGGGGCCCUGUGUGGAGUGUCACUCUGGGGCCACUCUGCCCUGGCCUCUCCUGGAGGGCCACUGGCCCUGACAUCCUCUGCACACGCAGCAGUCAUCGGGGCUGUGUCAGCCCUUGGGGCCUCUCGUGCUGGAGCCCUCGUGUUUCUGCUUUGCCUGUCAAUAAAGCUAGAUCUGAUUAUGUGGGA